UUGGUUAAAUCAAAGAUUUUCCUCCCGCAAAGUUUUUCUUAUCCCUUGGAAUUCCACAAGUAUUUACUCUAUAAGGUAUUAAGGUAUCUUUUUCUACAUCAAAGUUUUCUGAAAAUUGUUUGUAACAUCAAUUAAGUGUAUUGAAUUGGAAAAGAAGUUGCUAGAAUCUAUAUUUACAAGGAACAUUUUUUUUUCUAUAGUUUCCUUUGAACUUGGAUAAUUUUUUCUGCAUCGAAGCAGAAACGAAAAAAGAAAAAAUUCGAUUUAUUAUCAAGGCCAUUUUAAGGCAACAAUUUCAAACUGGCAAACGAAAGGAUGCGCUCAUAUUCAGUGGAAUCAGCGUUUCAUCCUUGCGAUGAAGCGGUGAUAGCCACGAAUGAUGAUGCAAGUGAUUGCAAAAGAUGUGCUGUCAGAUUAGGGUACUGGAAAGAUGAAUAUAUUGGUUAUUUUGUUAGAAGUAGUGAAAGAAAAGCUCCAGAAAUUAAUCGAGGUUACUUUGCUAGAGUCAAGGGCGUGGAGAUGUGCGUCGAAAAAUUUUUAAAGAAAACCAAUGAUAAGUGUCAAAUAAUUAAUUUGGGUUGUGGUUUCGAUACUCUUUACUGGCGCCUAAAGGAUUCUGGCCAUAACAUUAUCAAUUACACAGAAUUAGAUUUUCCUACAGUAACAGCACGUAAAUGCUACACUAUUAAAAGGAACAAAGCUUUGCUUGGUAAAAUCCAUGCUGAAGAUGGCGAAGUUAAACUAAGUCCAACAGAUAUGCAUGGUCCUAAUUAUCAUAUAAUGGGUGUUGAUCUUAGAAAUAUAGAUGAGCUGGAUAAUAAAUUACAACAGGCUGAAAUUGAUUAUAAAUUACCUACCAUAUUUAUUGCAGAAUGUGUUCUAGUCUAUAUUGAAGCGCAGAAUUGUAGAAACUUAUUAAAGUGGCUAGCUGGGCGCUUUGAAUCAGCUGUGUUUGUUAAUUUUGAACAGGUCAAUAUGAAUGAUAGAUUUGGGGAUGUUAUGUUGAACAAUUUAAGAGCCAGAGGUUGUAGUUUAGCUGGAAUCGAUUCAUGUUUGUCACUGGAAACACAGACAUCAAGAUUUCUUGAAUGCGGUUGGAGCGGUUCUAGAGCCUGGGAUAUGGUACAAGUAUAUCAAAGUAUUAGCCCUUCUGAAAGACAAAGAAUUGAACACAUUGAAAUGUUGGAUGAGACUGAAUUGUUAACCCAACUUUCGCAGCAUUACUGUUUGGCUGUGGCUUGGGUUGGUGAAUUAUUUCAGGAUAUUGAAAUAACGGUCGAAAAAAGAAUGUCUUCUUUAAAUAUCGACUAAAAUUUUGUUGAAAUUUUCGGAACCUGUCAUAGUGAUAUUUUACUUUAUUUUAUAAAAAACAAAAGAUUGCUUAAUAAUGGUUUUCCAAUACACUAGUGAUUAGCACAAAAGCAGAACAAAAUAUUUUAUAAGCAAACUUACGUUAACAAAAGAGUAAACAAUUUGAAGCCAAUAGAGCAUGCUCUCCAGCUGCCAAACCCUAGUCUUCUUUUCUUUUAUAUAUUUUACUCACCCAAAAACUUUACAAAAAUUCAACAGAAAUUUAUGAAUCCUUGUAUAAAAUUAAAAGCAAUUUUUAUUACAAAAUAAAUUAAUCUAAUACACAAUAAUUUAAAUUAAUUAUUUUGUUGUAUUUCAAGAAUUCUAUUUUGAAAAAAAAAUCUUAGCAAAAAUUAUGUUUGGUAAAAAUAAAAAUUAAAUUUGGUGUGACUAAUAACUUAUUAGUAGGAAAUUCAAGAUUAAACAAAAACUAGAAACUAAAGCAAAAAAUGUUGUGUAAUAUAUUUAAACCCACCAACAUUACAAUCAAAUUUAAUGUAUUUUCCUUGAAUACCAAUGGUAAUAUUAACUAUAAAAUGCACCUAUAAAUUUGUAUUUUAUCGCAAUAUUUAAGAACUGAAAAUUUUGAAUCCUUUAAAUAUUUGUUUGUUUUUUUCCGUUUAUUUAAAAAAAAUUUAAUUACUAUGUUAUUUAGAAUUGAUCGGAUGUGUUGUAAAAGUUUAAUUUAAAAAAAAAAGGAAUUUCUUAUACAAAUUCAAAUACCUAAAAGUUCUUUGUUUAAAACAUUUUUUUAAAUGAUCUUUUAAAUUUGUGUAAAAUUAAAUAUUAAUGUAGUUCUAUUAAUGUGCGUUGUAUUAAAUAUUGUAAUAAAUUACACUUUUAAAAUAAGAAAACCAUAAUUUUUGGUCCAUCAUUCUUAAUAUGAUAAAUUGAAAUAGUCGUCAUAUAGCAUGUCGGAAAGAUUCACAAAUUCAAAAAUAAGUGAUUCAGUAUAUGAAAAAUAUGUAGCACUGAUGCACUAAUUGAGUUAUUUAAUAAUUCUUAACAAAGAAAAUUUGUAAAAUUAAUAAUAAAACUAAUCCGAAAAACACUUAUUUUAAGAAUAUAUUAUUAUGUAUGUGUAAGUCAAUGAAAUUCUAUUCCAAAAAAGAAAGAAAAAUUAAAUUUUACAUGUAUGUAGAUUAAUAUAAAUUUAUAAAUAAAUUUGUAAAAUUGCAUUUAAUGCAAAAAAUAUAAUAACAGGAGAAAUUAGUGAAUUAAUUAAUUAUUUAAAGUUUUUGAUUAAAAUCGUUAAAAGUGAAAUUCGAACUUUAGGUGAUAUUAUUUUAUAAAUAUUUCACAAAUUUUGUUGUGCUUUUUUUGUAAAUGUUGUAAACACAUUUUUUUUUAAAUUAUAAUCCGAUCAAAUAUAUUUUUAGCUUUCUACUUUUGAUUUCUUAAGUGAAAUAAUCUUAAAAUACAGAUUACAAAUUAUAUUAAUAAAUUUCUUGCAAAUUAAAUAUUCUAUACGUAAUUUAUCUCUUAUACUUAUAUAUAGCCUUC